UGUUCUUAUGUCCCAUAGCUUAACCUGUCCUUCAUAAUGUCCAUUAAUGACGGUGGAAGAGGAACAGGAUCAUUAAUGCAUCCCAGAAUAGGGAAGGAUGACCAAUAUACAGAGGCCACUGGAUAUUAACAACCCCUAAGUCCCUGCGACACGCCUGACUACUGACUGCUGUCUCUUCUCUGGACCUCAGCUUCCCGUACGGGGAAGCUUUGCCCAUGAGAAGCUAGCCCUUACCCAGUAUCCACUGCAGCUGUGUGUGGGUGGCAUACCUUGUCUUCCAGCUAUUGGAGACAUGCAGGGUAGGUGAUAACUGGAGAGAAGGGUCAAGAGAGGCCUUGAUGGUUACGUCUGUGGAUUCUUUGCCAAACUGACACCCUUAAAACUCCUGGAAGGCUUAUUUGGCUCCAAAUUUGAGAAACCACAGCCAAUGGUACCAUGUAAACAUUGUUCACACCCCAGGAUUCUCUAGACUUGGAGUUCUUGCCUGCUCUCUCUCAAACUGGUAUUGCUCUCUGAGAAAACUUGUUCGGCUCUAAAAGGAAUUCACCUUUCCUUGGCACAUUUAUUUGUGGGUUUUUUUUUCAAGACAGGGUUUCUCUGUGUAGCUCACUGUUCUGGAACUCGCUUUGUAGACCUGGCUGACCUUGAACUCAGAGAUCCUCCCGCCUCUGCCUUCCGAGUGCUGGGAUUGAAGGCGUGCGCCACCACCACCCGGCUGUUUUUUGUUUGUUUGUUUGUUUGUCUGUUUGUGUGUGAGUGUGUGUGUGUGUGUAUGUGUGUGUGUGUGUGUGUGUGUGUGUGUGUUUGACAGGGUCUCAUAUAUCCCAGGCUGUCUUGAACUCCCUAUGUAGCUAAGGAUGCCCUUACAUUUCUGACGCCCUGCCUCCACUUCCUGAGUGCUGAGAUCACCAGUAUGCACCAUGAUGCUGAUUUUAUGAGGAGCUGGGGAUCAAACCAUGGCUUCAGGCAGGCUGGGCAAGCACUCUGAGGUACAUUCCCAGUCAUCUUCUCUUCUGUUCAUUCCCAUAUCUCUUCUCAUUCCUCUUCAUUUUCUUUCCUUUUCCUUUCUUUGUAUGCUGUAAUCCUGGAAUUCGGGUUCUCACACAUUUGAGAUCAAUGCUGCCUAUCACUGAACUUCAUUUCUAGUUCAGAAAUCUCCUACUCCGUGUGUGCCCUCUGACCAAUCCCACUGCCUUGGAACACCUUGGGCAAGGACUGGAGUCCCCGCCCCACCGUUGCUGCCUCUUCCAGUGCCCUCUACUGAUAACCUGAGUGUCUCUCUCUUGUAGGGCUUUGAUAGUAACAGCAGUAGCUGACACUGUUGUGUUUACACUGGUUGCGUGAGACGUCCGCUCUGUGGACAUGAUACAGUGGAGCUGGAAAAGCCACCCCAACUCCCCCAGCACAACCUCAUGUCCCCUGCACAGAUUCAGAGCAGGUUCAAAUCACACCACCGCUUUCUCCUAGGAGGCUCCAGUUUCCGUGUUCCACACAGGACCUCCUCCUCUGGAAAGUCUUCCCUAACUGCGUGAUGCGCAGGGAUCUGGAGCAUCGUGCCCCGUGGCAGGUGUCCUUUGCGUCCUCCUUGGUGCAGAGCUGCCCUUCCUUGUGCAAAUAUCUUUCAGCUCAUUUGAUUGCUGGCCCCUGGGUGGCUAAAAUAUGUUGGCUGGAUGUGAUGAAAAGUCCCUCUGGGGAUCAGCCAGACCCAAUUAAGGUCUAUGUUGGCUGUCCGCUUGCCAAAUGGCCUUGGAGAGCAUUGCCUGUUUCCUCAGGGUUCGUUUCCGUGCCUGGAUGAUGGAACGAAAACAUCCCGUAAUAGAGACCGCCAGAUGGGCCUACUGUCUAGUUUUCUUGACUUUUCGAGAUAUGAGCCCUUGCUCUCAAUCCCAUUUCGCACCUUUGAGAUGACCAGAAGAGUGCCGACCUGCCUGACUCGCCCUCUCCAUCACUUUCAUCUUUCACCCUGAAUUGGCCGGCGGGACUCCAAGGGAGAAUAUCUAGAUAUCCCCUGGCUGCUCUAUCAGGACCACCCACAGCCCCCUCACCUACUUCCAGCCUCGAGGGUAUCCUUCCUAACUCAUCCCACCCUCGGCUAAGGAAGUUUGCAAGGAGGAGAAAGUGAAGACUGUCAACCUUCCUCCUUUGAACUCUCAGUUUGAAGAUAAGAGUUCCACCUCCGCAGCGCCCCCAAGCCGCGGUGAGGAAAACAACUGCGGUUGAGCGCUCCCUCUCAAGACCUGACAAUCAGAGAGAACCCGAUCCCUGAGGUCACGCUGCCAGGGGCCAGCCCAGAAUAGUGCCACCCCGCCGCCGCCUGUCGCGCACUCGCUAGCGGACUAGAGCUGGCCGCAUGGAGCCUGAGCUGAAACACACACUGCCUGGGACCCUGACCUGGAGCCACAGAGGGGGUCCAGAGAGUCAAGCACGCCCUUCUAAUCAAACAGGUCCUUUCAUCCUCCCAGAGAUGAGCUUCUUAGAACAAAGAGAAAACUCAUGGUUAUCACCAGCUGUGGCCACCAGCCCAGAAAGAACCCGUGCACCACGGGGUGUCAAGGCUUCCAGAUGGACCAGGCAGGAGGCUGUGGAGGAAGCAGAGCCACCAUGUUUGGGAGAAGGUGCCCAGUCGGGACCAGCUGCUGAGUCCACCAGGCAGGAAGCCACAUUCCCCAAGGCCACACCCUUGGCUCAAGCUGUUCCCUUGGCCGAAGUGGAGACCUCCCCAGCAGGGUGGGACCUCCUCUUGCCCGACGAUGGUGCAGCCUCAGCAGUGGGUUCCAACACGAGUGACCCAGAGGCCUGGGACUGUGAGCUCGAAGGUCUGGGGGAGGACAGGCCACGGUUCUGCCCGUCCCCACAUGCCCCCCUUCUCAGCUUGAGUUGGGAUGACGAGCUGCAGAAGCCUGGGGCCCAAGUCUACAUGCACUUCAUGCAGGAACACACCUGCUAUGAUGCCAUGGCCACCAGCUCCAAACUGGUCAUCUUUGACACCACGCUGGAGAUUAAGAAGGCUUUCUUUGCCAUGGUGGCCAACGGUGUGAGGGCAGCCCCUCUGUGGGACAGCAAGAAGCAGAGCUUUGUAGGCAUGCUCACCAUCACAGACUUCAUCCUGGUGUUGCACCGCUACUACCGAUCCCCCCUGGUCCAGAUAUACGAGAUUGAAGAACAUAAGAUUGAGACCUGGAGGGAGAUCUACCUACAAGGCUGCUUCAAGCCUCUUGUCUCUAUCUCUCCCAACGACAGUCUGUUUGAAGCUGUCUAUACCCUCAUCAAGAACCGAAUCCACCGCCUGCCCGUCCUGGACCCGGUCUCUGGCGCUGUGCUGUACAUCCUCACGCACAAGCGGCUACUCAAAUUCCUGCACAUAUUUGGCGCCCUGUUGCCACGUCCCUCCUUCCUCUGCCGCACUAUCCAGGAUCUGGGCAUCGGCACAUUCCGAGAUUUGGCUGUAGUUCUGGAAACAGCUCCGAUCCUGACCGCGCUGGACAUCUUUGUGGACCGGCGUGUGUCUGCACUGCCUGUGGUCAAUGAAUCUGGUCAGGUCGUGGGCCUCUACUCCCGCUUUGAUGUCAUCCACCUGGCUGCCCAGCAAACCUACAACCAUCUGGACAUGAGUGUGGGCGAAGCUUUGAGGCAGAGGACGCUGUGUCUGGAGGGGGUUCUCUCCUGCCAGCCCCACGAGAGCCUGGGUGAAGUCAUUGACAGGAUUGCACGGGAACAGGUGCACAGGCUGGUGUUGGUGGAUGAGACCCAGCAUCUUCUGGGCGUGGUCUCCCUCUCUGACAUACUUCAAGCGCUGGUGCUCAGCCCCGCUGGCAUCGAUGCCCUCAGUGCCUGAGAGUACCCAAGCCAUCUUCCUCACCCGGAAGUCCAUGAAAGGAUCUAGGGAACUUGGCCUUCAUCUUCUCCCACCCGUCUGCUGGUUCUGCUCUGGUACAGGCUCUCCAGCCUUCCCUAAUUGUCCUUGCUAUACCUAUACUCUCAGAAGCCUUUGAGCAUGCCCAGUACACCAGGAUGAUGAAAUUAAGAACAGUCAAGUCAAGCCUGAAAGUUCUGAACCAGAGGCACUGCGAUCAGCCUAGGACAAUCUGUGCGCCCGGUCCCUUCUUACCUUUCCUUCCACCUGGAUCAGGGCUGAGCUCAAUGUGGCAGUGAGCGUGCAGCCUAUGAAUUUAGCUGGGAGUCCAGAGUGCUUGGUUCUGGAUACACGUCCCAGCUCCUAGGAGCCGUGAUUGAUCUUUCCCCACAGAAGCCACCAAUGUGCCACCACCAUGCUCCUGGCUGGUGCACCAUGCUCCUGGCACUUCCAAGCUGCUGGCAGCCAACGUUGAGUAGCCCUUGAUUCUAAAGCUGCCUGCUGGGGCUGUAGGCAUUCGUCAUGGUACCCAGCGGGUAGCUAUUCCUACCUACAGCUGCUGUGGUACUGUCACAGUGCCCUUUCUGGGUGCCCAUAACGGGUCUACCAUCGGGGUCUACAGAAGCAUGUGGCAUUGUCAGUGCCCCUGGCAUGGUUGUACCGUGGGCUCCUCAGCUCUCCCCACUGAGCAAUGUCUGCUCCCCUCAGUGUCCCCUAUGCCCCGAUAGAUUCAGAUCCUUGAGGAUGAGCUAUCAAGAAAAAGGAAACAAAAGAGCAAGCCACAGCCCUGGAUGUCACAGGUUUACUCAAUCACUGCAGCCAUUGAAAUGAACUUGUGCAAACUCCUUGUGUCUCCUGAGUUCAAAGACUUGAAAGAAAGUCUGCAAGUGGCCUUUCUUUAGUGCACUGAAUGCUAUUCUUCCGAUAUCUUUUAUUUAAAACAAAAUGAUAAGGAAAACAUUUAUUAAUUAUUCAUAUAGUAUGUGGAACCCAGUCUACAAAUGGGAAUCUGCAGGAAACAGAACUGAUCCUGUAAUACACUGGAUGUCAUUUCUACAAUGACCUCAGGUCACCAAGUAGGAAGAAAUUAAUCUCAGUCAAUUCUGGGUCUCGUCAUCUGCUGUUACCCUGCCCUGUGAUGGCAUGGACUCUCACACCCAGUAGUCCAACACAGGUGUGGAUUCGUAUUUCUACAAUCUUUUAAGAUUCUUUCUCCUUUACUUAUUUUAUUGUGUGUGCAUGCAGGUCUGAGUGCCACAGUGGAGUGCAACUGUGUGUGUGCACAGGGGUGAGUGUCCCACGGUGCAGAUCAGCGGACAACCCGCAGGCAUGAGGUUGUUUGAGACAGGGCUUCUUUGUCAUGCUUCUGGGGAUCUCCUGUUCUACCUCCCAUCUCCUGGGACUGUAGCAGGGGGAUUCCAGAGUCCAGACUCCACUAUUCCUGCCUUGUCAAGCUUCACGUAAGUUCUUGGUCUUCAAACUCGUGUGCCCAGUGUUUUACCCACUGAGCUAUCUCCCCUCUCCCUAGCCCCCUUGCUUUUCUCUCCUCCUCCUUCUUCCCCUCCUUCUUUUGAGAAAGGGUUUCACCAAAUAUCCCUGGCUGGCCCAGAACUCACCGUGUAGGUAAAAAUGACAUUGAACUCAUAGAGAUCCGCCUGCCUCUGCCUCCCAAGUGGUGGGAUUAAAGUCAUGUGCCACCAUGCUCAGCUGGAUAGUCCCAUAUUUUACUUUUCUUGGGUGCGUGGGGGAAUCUUCAUACUGUUGCCCAUCAGUGGCUUUGCCUCAAGUACAGACUAUGAACACUGACCUUCAAACCGCAAUCCCCAGUCACAUUACACAGACACUCCACUCUAGUGCUCAGGAGUUAAGCUCCUGGACUCAACUGACUUUCCUGCUUCAGCCUCCAGGGCAGCUGGGGCUAUAGGCAUUCAUCGUGGCAUCCGGUGGUGGCUUUUACUGUCUACAGCUAAAGUGGCACUGUCACGGUGCCCUUUCGGGGGGGGGGGGUCCGUAACAGGUCUGCCACUGUGGUCUGUGGAAGCAUGUGCUACUCUCAGAUCUAAGA